GUUGCAAUGGUGGUACAAAUAUGUUUAAUAUUACAGGAUCCAAUCCAGGGGCGGACUGACAACUCAUGGGGCCCCCGGGUAAUAGGGGAUCAUGGGGCCCCUGUGUCCUUGCCCAAACUCAAAAAAGCCUAUGAAAAAGGUACCAGGGGCAUCUCAUGGGGCCCCCUACUGAUCCCGGGCCCUCGGGCAGUGCCAGAGUUUCCAAAUGGUCAGUCCGCCCCUGGCUGCAGCCAUCUUGAGUAAUGGCAGAUAAGUCAUGU